UUGACGGUGGACACAAAAAACUGCGAAUCAAGGAGAGGGACAGCGCCCAGAAUAACUGUAAACCUCUGCAAACUGUGUGGAGCAUCGUGUUGGAAAUGAGACCCCGGUCGUUUUCUCCGGUGUGUCGGACAUUUAAUCAGAGGACAUGUCCUUGGGUUUGUUGAAGCCACAGCGCUACACUCAACUCUCCAAGCAUGCUAGAAUAGUGACAAUCGCUCUCCACUCCGCAGGCCUGUUUGAUCCUAGAGAAACGUGCCUUGUAAGGAAGCAGGAUGUUCACAGGCUCCACCAAACAGCCACCCACUAAAAUCCCGCAGCCCGAGCGGCUGGACGAGGUCUACGCUGCCUUACGGCGAGGCUUACAGUCCUACCUGCAGGUCCACCAGCUGGAGCUUGACAGCCUGGGUCAGCAGUCACGAGAGAACAAGAGGAACGGUCGUCUGGGGUCUUUGUAUGAGCUGGACAAGCAAGUGAAAGCCAUCGAGAGGUUUAUGCGUCGACUGGAGUUCCACCUCAGCAAGGUAGAGGAGCUGUACGAUGCUUAUUGUAUACAGCGACGACUGCGUGACGGAGCGAGUAAGAUGGUGGCGGCCUUUAACGUGGCCGUGGGCAGCCGGGAGGCCAGAGAGAGCCUGAGUGAGGCCAACAAGGGCUACAGGGAGUGCACCGAGCACAUGUGCUCCCUUGAGAGUGAAUUAGAAAGCCAGAUGGGAGAAUUUCAUGUCAAGAUGAAGGGCCUCGCUGGCUUCGCACGGCUCUGUUCUGGUGACCAGUAUGAGGUCCUAAUGCGCUAUGGGCGUCAGCGCUGGAGGCUACGAGGCCGCAUGGAAGUCAGCAACAAGCAGAUAUGGGACGGGGAAGAGAACAUCUUCCUGCCUCUCGUCACAGAACUGCUGUCAAUCAAGGUGACGGAGCUGAAGAGCCUGGCCAAUCACGUGGUGGUGGGCAGCGUGUCCUGCGAGAUGCUCGACCUCUUCUGCCCGCUGCCCCAGACGCUCGCCGUGGACAUCAACGACCUCGGGACGGUGAAGCUGAACCUGGAGGUCACCUGGAGUCCGUUUGAUAAGGACGACCAGACGUCCUCCACCAAUACAGUCACCAAGCGGCUGCUGUCCAAUCAGAGCCCUCCUGACACGCCCUCUAUGCGGGAGCAGGUGUUUUAUAGCGCGCCUCAGGGCAGGCCCAGGCCGAGCCGCUCGCUGGUGGAGGCGCUUCACGAAGUCAUGGCGGACAGGACGGCGUCCUUACGUUGUGAAUUGAGCCGCACUACACCCAGAUUCACCUCAGUACAGUCGUCUCUGCUGAGGCGGCAGGGGGAAGUGGAGAACGGCACCGUCUGGUCCAACUCGUCUGAGUCCUCCGACGACUCGUCCAGCCCGGCGCUCGCUCACCACGCUCAGAAGCUCACGGCCUCCAACAUGCUGCAAACCACGCUCACCUCUCAGCUGUCCUUCACGCCACACAAGUCCAGCGCCUCAACGCCGUCGCUCACCUCCAAUCAGGAGGAGGACGAGACCGAAGCCGGGGAGGUUUUCUCUCAGACGGACGCGGUGCCAAACGGCCACCUGCAGACUUCCUGCUCUCACAGCGAUGACUGCACCGCGGCCGAUCGAGCGUCUCUCCAGUCAGCGGACCUCUCUGAAACCUCGGCAGACCUGAGCUGCUCCUGCCCCGACGUGUCCUCUGCACACGCUGUGUCCACUCAGGAUUUGUCUGAAAGUGGCGUCCCAGAUGUGUGUAUUUCAGCAGAGGAGGUAAAACAGUCUGAGGACUUGCCAGUGCAGGCUGGACAGACUGAAGCAGAAACAAAGGACAGCACCACUGAAGCAGCAGAGGACGAAGCACCAGAGAAACACAGUCAGUCCGUCCAGGAGUCCAAACCAACGGUUCCUUUUCCAGUUUCUUCUAGUUUCAAUCUAGAAGUCGAGACGGCGCUCGAAAGUUUUGACUUUCUCAACUGCUCUGACCUCGAGGAAGAUGAGGAGGAAGAGGGAAAGGAGGGAGGAAAUAAAGAGGCAGUAGAAGAGAAAAAGGAGGAGGAUGCUGCGCAACCUGAAGAGAACCAAAUCAAAAUGGAGGAAGAGGAAGAAGAAGAAAAGGAAGAGAGAUUUCACUCUGGAGGAAGCGAUGACGAGGAGGCUGACGGUCUGCAGAUCCUGAUGGAAGCUCCCGAAGGAUUCAGGAACUCAGAUGAAGAUCGUUUCUCUGAAUCACAGGAAUCGAGCGUGGAGGACGUGCAGGAUCUGUGUCAGAUAGAAAUGCCCGACGAGAAGGAAGAUGACGGCGAGAAAAAGGGAGAAAAUCUACCCGGUGAGAGGAGUUUGUAAACAGAGGCUGCAGCUGGUCAUGUGACCACAGCACUGCAGGCGAGAGAGAUGUGUCCAUUUCCCUCCUGUGUUCGAUCUUUCAGGAGAGCACGUGUCACAUGGCCAGGAGGAGCGUCCCUCCUCUCCCAAACAAUUGGCUACUACUGUCUUCUAAGGACACGGAGGAGCCUCAGCUAAACCAUUUCUCCCACUCUGAUCUCCUCAUGCCAUCUCCCCGUCACGCCGCGGAUCGGAGGCCUUGAGGAUGUUCCACUUUCUGCUCAGACAAACAAGCUCGUCCUCUCGGGCCGAGUUUGUGCACAUAUUUGCCUUGUUCUGACCAAGAACGAUAAGCCUCCAGGUUUCUGCGUUUUGAAGUCCCUCUUCAAACGUCCUUUCCCUUCAACAUGUUCUUCAUCACGUUGCCUGAGUGAAAGCGGGAUACCACUUAGUUUACACUUUAAUAAACUGUUCCUCUCAUGUGAAAAUGUAAUGUCCAAAACAUUUCAGGAACAGCUUUAAGCGGCCUUGUUUUUCGGCUUUAUUACAGUGCAUAUUUUGAAGUAAUCUAAUAUUUUUUUUUAAUGGUCUUUAAGUUCAAGUUAAUAGAGUUGUUUCAAUCAACAGAGUAACAAUCAAUCACUUACUGAGUUGCAUUCAAAACUGUCAGUAUUUGUGGAUGUUAAACUACUUUUUAAGGUUAUGAUUUUCAGUGUUAAAUCAGUGUAAAGCCCAGAGCUCUUUCCACUAUGUGAGCAUGUGAUGUCUAAAGAUUUACAUUUUGUGCUGUGGACGCAAUUUCAUUUACAAAGCGGGAUCUUUUAAUUUACGUAUCAUCGAGAGCUAACUACUUAAAAGUACACGAGAGCAGAAUUUACAUUGAACCCAGGAAGAUAAGUAAUAUAAGGACUGGAUAAAAACACUUUGAGUUUCAGCUCAAAGCUCAUCUGGUCCAACAUGAAAUCAACCUGCAGUGUAAACUAUAUUUAAACCUGCAUGUGAAGCUGCCUCACACUGCCAGCAUGUCUGUAUAGAAGCGUGUGUGCGCCGGCUCCACUGCAGGCAGCCAUCAGGUCUGCAGCUGUGUACAGAAGCCGCCUCAUGGGGGCGCUAUAGUCCUUCAGCAUCAUGCUUUACGUUGUUCUACAAAAGCCUCGACAUUCAGAAAGUGCCUCAAGUGACAGAGAUGUAAGGUUUUAAAAUGCCACGACAGGAGAGAUCAGGCUAAAGAUAACAGUGUUUAUUUUCUGAAUUACUUUAAGAGUGUGCACAAUAAGAGAUAUUUACUGUUUCAUAUAAAGAAUUGUAUAUGUCUUGAAAUGUUAAAAUGUUUAUGUUCAGAAAUGUUUAAACUUUAUAAAGGUUUCUUUAAAAUGA